CUCAUAGCAAAGCCAUGUCUGAAAUUACGAUUUUCUGUCUUGUUUUAGGAGACGCCGUCAGCAGAUCUUUUCCGGUCGAUAUUGACAAAAGCACAAUAUCCAUCGGGCAUUUAAAAGAACUUAUUAAGAAGAAGAAGGAUCCCUAUUAUAAUAAUAUUUCAGCAGACGAAUUUGAACUAUGGAGUGUGGACAUUCCUAUUAACCUAGAAAAUAUAGACACAAAAAUAAAUAAAGAAAAAAUUAGUGAAUACAAAGGUGUGAGGUUGCUCCCAAACGCUGUUGUAGAAACAGUUUUUCCUGAAAAUAAUAAAAAUAGUAUUCGCAUACUUGUACAACCACCAGCUACCACUGGGAUAGCCGUACAAUCCAAAGGAUUAUCAAGACUAGGAGGCCUUGGCGGGACAAAUAUGAAAAGAAAAGAAGAUGGCCUAGGUUAUGAGGGUUUAGACCUCACACAUAUAGACAAUAUAUGUCAAAGAAAGCAAACUAUCAACAGGUUGAUUGAUGAUCUGUUGAAAAAGCGGAUUAUUCUAGUUCGAUCACCCCCAAUGGCCGGAAAAACAUCACUUGCGCAAUUAUUGGAACAUAACAUUCUUCAAUCGGAUGAAGGAAAGAAUGGAUUAAGAUGUGUUUUUCGAAUUUCACUAAUGUGGAUGGUUAAACGCGGAAUGGAAUGGACUUUCGCUGAAGGAUUUAAAACUCUCAUGAAUAUGGAAUGGGGUGAAUUUAUACAAUUAUGUAGACAUACCGAUAUUGACGUAGUUUUGAUUGUUGAUGAAGUACAGUUGAUUUAUAAGCCGCAGAAUGAAAGUGAGCCUCGCAAUGGAGGAGGUAUAUUUUGGGAUACAUUUAAAGAAGUUAAGCAAUAUUUGACAAAUCUUUGUAUAGUAGCAUUUGCAUCAUACGGUCAUUAUGGUGCUUACACUAGUUACGGAGAUCAUUCAGUUAUGGACAUUUCACCACCUUCUAUUCUUCGUAAGGAUGAUACAUGGGGUUUUUCGGAUGUCCGUUUUACUGAUGAAGAGUUUGACGAUUACGUUUACCGAUUUUGUGAAAUGCGUCUUCAUAUGUUGAAAAAAGGAGACAUUCCGUUUCUACAUAAUUAUGUGCGUGAAAUAACAGCCUACCAUCCUGGUUUAAUUGCUUUUACAAUGGAUGAAAUUUACAAAAGAUUUGUCAAACGGACCUCAGAGCUGGAAUUCGGUGAUAUUUUUGCCUUUCUCAAAUCCUAUGAGUUUUAUUCUCAUCUUAAAUGUAUCCGUGCAACACCGCAAGUUACUGAUAUGUCAGAUGAGGAAAAAAAAAUUGUCGAUAAAGUACUUUUCAAAAAAAGUCUUAAAAUUCAAACCAACAGAAUUCCGUAUAAUAGUCGAAUUAUUAAGACGAAUGUUCUUGUUGAUAUUGGAAAGACGGUAGACCAUUCAACCCUCAACUUUCCAGCGCCAUUACUUAUGGUUACAUAUCUUCAGGAUCGCUUUGGCCACGUUACACGUUCUAUAUCACCACCUUCUAUUCUUCGUAAGGAUGAUACAUGGGGUUUUUCGGAUGUCCGUUUUACUGAUGAAGAGUUUGACGAUUACGUUUACCGAUUUUGUGAAAUGCGUCUUCAUAUGUUGAAAAAAGGAGACAUUCCGUUUCUACAUAAUUAUGUGCGUGAAAUAACAGCCUACCAUCCUGGUUUAAUUGCUUUUACAAUGGAUGAAAUUUACAAAAGAUUUGUCAAACGGACCUCAGAGCUGGAAUUCGGUGAUAUUUUUGCCUUUCUCAAAUCCUAUGAGUUUUAUUCUCAUCUUAAAUGUAUCCGUGCAACACCGCAAGUUACUGAUAUGUCAGAUGAGGAAAAAAAAAUUGUCGAUAAAGUACUUUUCAAAAAAAGUCUUAAAAUUCAAACCAACAGAAUUCCGUAUAAUAGUCGAAUUAUUAAGACGAAUGUUCUUGUUGAUAUUGGAAAGACGGUAGACCAUUCAACCCUCAACUUUCCAGCGCCAUUACUUAUGGUUACAUAUCUUCAGGAUCGCUUUGGCCACGUUACACGUUCUAUAUCACCACCUAAAACAUUUGAAGAUUUUAUAAAGUCAGUGUUUGCGAUAAUGAAUCCAAAAAUAUUACAAAAUAGCAAAGGCAGAAGCAAAGAUGGUCGACUUUUUGAACGUGUGUGGCAAAUGGAAUUUUAUCGUGCCUCAUUACAAGUUCUUCCUGAUGAUAUUUAUCCUUCUGUUGAUGUUGGAAAGGUUUUUAGAUCAAAAGGAUAUGUAGAUUUUUAUAUAAAUGAUAAUCGUAAUUGGGCUAUUGAAUUAUUACGAGAUGGGGAAAAGUUGGAUCAACAUAAAGAAAGGUUUCAGAAAGCUGGUAUAUAUGUCCCUAUUCUUAAACAUACGAAACGGUGGGCAAUUAUUGACAUUCGAAAUCAUAAAAUGAAUGCUCCGGCAUUAGAAAAGCGUGAACAAAAUGAGAUUUAUGUACUUUGUUCUGAAAACUUUGAAUUAGUUCAGUUGGUGUAUCCUAAUGGAACUAAGGAGGAUAUUCGGUUGUUAGGUGAAGAAAAUUUACUUGGAUACGACAUAUCAGAAUUUUUAGAUGAUUCAAUGGAAAUUGACUGA